CUCAAGAGUUAAGACCAAAGCAUGUAUAGCACCACCACCACCAUGGAAGAAGAAGAAGAAGAAGUUCCAGAUACAGUUAAACCCGACCACGACCACACUGCUAAUCACCAUAUUCAGACUCAUGCUCAUUCAAAGCACAUGGCUUUAUACCCCAUAAGGUUAAAGUUUGAAAAGGUUGUAUACAAAGUUAUACUUAAGGGCGCGAGAGAGAAGGUGAUAUUAAACGGUGUUACAGGUAUGGUUUGUCCAGGAGAGAUGCUAGCCAUGUUGGGUCCAUCAGGUAGUGGUAAAACCACCCUACUAACCGCUCUUGGAGGGCGGCUAACCGGGAAACUAGCAGGAAAGAUAACAUAUAACAACCAACCCUUUUGUGGCUCUACUAAAAGAAGAACCGGGUUUGUGACUCAAGAUGAUGUUCUCUAUCCUCAUCUUACUGUCACAGAAACCCUUUUAUUCACCGCUAUGUUAAGGCUUCCAAACAGUUUGACCCGAGACGAGAAAGUCAACCAUGUUGACCGAGUAAUAGCCGAGUUGGGUUUGACCAGGUGUCAAAAUAGUAUGAUAGGUGGUCCACUAUUUAGAGGCAUAUCAGGUGGUGAGAAAAAGAGAGUCAGCAUAGGUCAAGAAAUGUUGAUUAACCCAAGCUUGUUGUUGUUAGAUGAGCCCACUUCUGGUUUGGACUCAACCACGGCUCAGCGGAUCCUGACAACAAUCAAACGCUUAGCUACUGGUGGACGAACGGUGGUCACCACAAUUCACCAGCCGUCUACCCGGAUCUACCAUAUGUUUGAUAAACUGGUGUUGCUCUCUGAAGGCUCACAAAUCUACUAUGGUCCUGCUUCCACAGCUUUGGAAUAUUUCUCUUCAAUCGGGUUUUCGACAUCUGUCACAGUCAACCCUGCUGACAUGUUACUGGAUCUUGCUAACGGGAUUGCACCUGAUACAAUGCAUGAUUAUGAGCAAGGUGAGGAUGCCGAGGAAGAGCGAAAAUCAGUCAGGAAAAAACUCGUCACUUGUUUUGAAACAAGAUGGGAAACAAGUCUAUAUGAUCUGGAUGUUUGCAAUUACAAUCCAGAAAUAGAAGGUUUGAAAAGAAGUCAUGUGCAAUCAGAGCAAUGGUACACAAGUUGGUGGUAUCAAUUUACGGUGCUUCUUAUCAGGGGACUUAGAGAAAGGAGAUUUGAAGCUUUCAAUAAGCUUAGAAUCUUUCAAGUUGUAAGUGUUGCUAUUUUGGCCGGACUCCUAUGGUGGCAUACUCCGACAUCUCAUAUUGCAGAUCGUAUAGCGAUGCUUUUCUUCUUCUCGGUUUUUUGGGGAUUUUACCCACUUUACAAUGCGGUUUUUACUUUCCCACAAGAAAGAAGAAUGCUUAUUAAAGAACGGUCAUCAGGAAUGUACCGUUUGUCCUCUUACUUCCUAGCAAGAACCAUAGGUGACCUCCCACUCGAGCUUGCACUCCCAACUGCUUUCACUUUCAUACUCUAUUGGAUGGGCGGACUGAAACCUGACCCAUCCACCUUCAUCCUUUCCUGGCUCGUAGUAAUCUACACUGUUCUUGUGGCCCAAAGUCUGGGGCUGGCCUUUGGUGCUAUACUCAUGGAUGUAAAACAAGCCACUACUUUAGCCUCAGUUACAACCCUGGUUUUCCUAAUUGCUGGAGGCUAUUAUGUACAACAAAUCCCUCCAUUCAUAGUGUGGUUAAAGUAUUUGAGCUAUAGUUACUAUUGUUACAAGCUUCUUCUUGGGGUUCAAUACCAUGAAAAUGAUCUUUAUGAAUGCUCAAAGGGGGUUUAUUGCAAAGUUGCAGAUUUUCAAGCGGUUAAAUCAGUUGGAUUAAAUAAUUUAGCAAUGGAUUUGUCGAUUAUGGCACUGAUGUUGAUAGGGUAUCGGUUCGUUGCUUAUCUUGCAUUGCACAAGGUACGGUGAAUGAAGUAUACCAGUGGCUGGAUUUUCUUGGGAGAUUUGUGAAGAGAAAUAGUAUUAGAUUUAGAUAACAUGUUGCCAGAAUAUUGAUAAUUUUCCUGGGUGGGAAGUACUUGUGUUACUAACCCUUGUGGCAAAUGUCUGCAUAAAACUAACUCAUGAGUAUAAGGCAAAAGAUAAACAAAUAAUCCUGAAUGGAUUAGUUAUGAAUAUGAUGUUUGGAUUGGUAAGAA